AUGGGCAUAAGUGCUCAAUCCGCCGAUGUGAAGUUCAAUUGCCCACAUGAUUGCAUUGGUGUUUGGCCGGAUUGCGUCUGUACUCCAGAAUCUGUAGAAAAGAAGUUCACCGUUGACUGUCGGAAGUGUCCGAGAAAAUGCAAAUGCGUAUUCGGGCAGUGUGUGUGUUCUGAAGAAAAAGAAAAAGCGCUCAAAGGAACUUGUUCCGAUCGCGACUGUCCAAGAAGACUGGGUUGCUGGUGUCAGAGUGGCACCUGUUUGUGCCCGGCACAAAGAGAAGAGAAGCCCCCACGAACUUGUUCCAUUUUGAAUUGUUCAAGAACAGAAGGCUGCCGGUGCCUGGGGAACACCUGUGUAUGCCCGGCAAAAAAAGAGGUGAGAAUCGGCUGCCCACCCCCAUGCACCGGAUCGCUUCCCAACUGCUCUUGUCCACCAGGACCACCACCAUGCCCACCAAAUGUCCCAUUUUGUGCUGAGAAAAAAGGGAUU